AUGACAGAAUUCGAAGCACGCAUUAGAACCCUACAGCUAUUUCCAGUUUCCUUAAUACCCACAACACCGGAAAUAGUAAUUCCUCCACGUUGCAAUCCAGGCCAGCAGGAGCAUGCCUCACGCUGCUUUUCUAUAACCGACAGCAUAAGUAAAUGGAAAGAGGCUCGUGAGGAUUGCCAAAGGCAUGGGGGUGACCUUGCAGUUGUUCAGGAUAUGGAGGACCAGAAAUUCUUGACCAACUUCACUUAUCAAUUUAAACAGAAUCAUUUGUCCGGCCAGGUUUUCCAUGCUGCUUGGAUCGGAUUGACAGACGAGAAAACUGAGAACAGUUUUGUGUGGGUCAACAACAAAGCACUCCAAUCAAGUGUCACUUUCUGGUCAAAAGGGGAGCCAAACAACUUUAUUGCCACUUGGGACAAAGAAGAAAAUGGACAAGACUGUGUUGGCAUUGUACCACCUGAUGACUUUGGAGCGGAGAGGUGGUUGUUCAACUGGGAUGACAUAACUUGUGUCGGCGGCCGGCACUAUGUCUGUGAAAGUAAGGCUGUUGUCUCAUGA